AUGGGGUCUUUCACCAAAAUUGGUUUAUUGUUUUUUUCUCUUUUAAUUCAGAUACAUGGUAGUGAUAGUUUUCACAAGGAGGCAAAUAUUGAAAAUAGAGAGUGUGAUUUAUUUGAUGGUAGCUGGGUUUAUGAUGAUUCAUAUCCUCUUUAUGAAAUAUCAAAAUGUCACUUUUUGGAGAAACAAUUUGAAUGUCUUGGUCGUCCUGAUAAGAACUAUCUCAAGUAUAGAUGGCAGCCACAUGGUUGCAAUUUACCAAGAUUCAAUGGUGAAGAUUUCUUAAGAAGAUUUAAAGGAAAGAGUCUCAUGUUUGUGGGAGAUUCCUUGAGUUUGAAUCAAUGGCAAUCACUCACUUGCAUGAUACAUUCAUCUAUGCCACAUAUUAUGCAUAUAUCUCACACGGAUAAAGGUCUUUCCACCUUUACCUUCACGGGUUACGAUGUUAAGUUGAUUUUAUCUCGCAAUGCAUUUUUGGUAGACAUUGUUGAUGAACCUAUUGGUAGAGUCUUGAAAUUAGAUUCAAUUGAAGAAGGAAAACUAUGGAAAGGAAACGACGUAUUGAUAUUUAAUUCUUGGCAUUGGUGGCUUCACACAGGAAGAAAACAACCAUGGGAUUUCAUCCAGGUAGGAAAACAUUUAUACAAAGACAUGGAUCGGUUGGUUGCGUACAAUAUAGCCUUAAAAACAUGGGCCAAAUGGGUUGAUGAUAAUGUUGAUUCUGCCAAAACAAAAGUAUUCUUUCAAGGGGUCUCACCUGACCAUGCAAAUGGAUCAAAAUGGGGAGCACCUGCAUCUACAUCUUGUGUGGGACAAAAAUUGCCAAUUUCUGGAUCCAAGUUUCCAGGAGGUCCACUCCCAGCUGAGUUGACAUUGGAGAAAGUUACAAGAAACAUGUCAAAACCUGUAAAUUUGCUCAAUAUUACCACAUUGUCACAAUUGAGGAAAGAUGGUCAUCCAUCUAUAUAUACUGGACAUGGAAGCCAUUUCAGUGAUUGCAGCCAUUGGUGUUUGCCUGGUGUUCCUGAUACUUGGAACAUUCUUUUAUAUGCAUCUCUCUUUUACAAUUAACUAUAUAUAU